AUUAAAUGGCCUUCAAAGUUUUAUAUUGCAGUAAACCAUCAAAACUGGUCUUGUUAAUUUGAACUUCUGAACUUGAACUCCUGAAUGUGUUUAAAAAUGAGAUAUGAAAGAAUAAAAUACAUAUUACUGUUCUCUCUGAUGCACCUUGUUUAUUCCAAUUCUACGUUUGAAUCUUUCACAGAAAACCCGCACAUUUCGUCACAGAUAUCAAAUGUGCUAUAUAUGGAUCAAAUGUUUAUAAUUUACAUACUUAUAUGUAUUCUUCUAAUUUUAAUUUCCGUUAUCGUUUAUCUUUCUAAAAGAUACUCCCAACAGAUGAUGCAAUCUUCGGACAAUAUUACGAACCGAAGAAGCAAUCCUGAAGUUCGCAACAAAUCGAACAUAUAUGAUCUACCUCCAUUGCUUGAUGUAACGUCUGUAAAUGAGGAAACUCCUAUUGUGAAACGUCCAAUCAACGAGAGAAUUGAAAAUCUUGAAUUCGAUCCUAGAUUUGAAAUUGAUCAGGCUAAACUGGAAAUAUCAGAAGAUAAACUUGGAUCAGGAUUCUUUGGAGAAGUAUGUUAUGGGUUAUUGAGUAUGCGAACUUCAAAUACUGAAACUGACACUCUUCAAAAGCUAAGCGUUGCUGUGAAACAAUCAAAUGAUCCCACCCAAGAAAAUCAAGAAAAAAUGAUUGAGGACGAAACGAAGUUGAUGUGUGCUAUUGGACGAAACCCAAACAUUUUGGCUAUAAUUGGCGCAGUUACUGCAAAUUCUGGAAGUGCUCGAAAUUUACUCAUCGUAGAAUUCGUCGAAUGUGGGGAUCUAUUAAAAUUCCUUGAAGAGAAGAAGAGUAUCUUCAAAGAUGAAUUGGUUUACGAAAAAAAUGGGUAUCUAUUGCCAAAAAGUAUCAGAAGAAAAACGUAUAUGUUCAAUGAAAAUGAGGAUGAUGUCAUUGAAGAAAGUCUUGACUCACUUUGCACGUCUGACCUUCUUUCUUUUUCAUAUCAAAUAGCUGAAGGAAUGGAGUAUUUAGCAUCUAUUCCGUGUGUUCACCGUGAUUUGGCUCUACGCAAUGUUCUUCUCAACAAGAACAAAACUAUUCGAAUCGCGGAUUUCGGACUAGCAAGAAAGUAUCAAGUAGAUGGCUAUUAUAGAAUAACGAAAGGUGUAGGAACUCCUAUGCCUGCUAGAUGGAUGGCUCCAGAAGUUAUGAGAGAAGGAAAAUGCACAGAAAAAUCGGAUGUGUGGUCGUAUGGUGUUAGUCUUUAUGAAAUGUUCUCAUUGGGAGAAUUACCAUAUUCAAAUGUAUCCAACAGUGAUGUUUUUGAGCAUGUUGUUCAGGGAAAUCAACUUCCAAUGCCACAGUAUUGUCAUCCUAAAAUGUACGAUCGAAUGAAACAAUUUUGGAAUUUCGAUGCAACAUUUCGACCCAGCUUCUCCAAGUGUGUGGAAUUCUUCGAAGAACAUUUGAGUGUAUCUGCUACUAACCUUCUGGAACAAAUUCAAAAAACGCUGAAAUCAGAAGCGGAACGACAGAGCAAAUUAGAGGAUUGGAUUCGGAGAGACUAAUGGCUUUUUUUAUUUUUCUAUUUUAGUUUGGCUUUUGAAUAAAGAUGCUAUUCUUUUC